CUCAUGUUACAAUCGGAAACAUUCGCAUAAUUCUUUUCUUCUAUGCCUUAUUUUCAAAUGCAUUUUUUUUCUUAAAUAAAAUGCUUUGGUAAAAAUAAAAUCAAAUCGAAAUAAAUUGCAUUUGUUUUUUUUUCUCGACAUUCACUUUAAUAUUCAUAACGGAAAUAUUAGCUUAGUAUUGUAACUGGUUCAUAACCUUAAUUUCGAAAAGCAUCAAUUACGAACAGUCACUCGAAACGUAUUAGUGUAAACAUUUUAAGACGUUUGAUUUUAAUUGCUGUUUUCAUACAAAUUUUCUUGUUUUUUUUUAAUCAUGGACAACGAAUUUAAAGUACCCUUUUCAAUUGAGCCGAAAUCAAAAGCGGUGGCAAAGAAAGCUGAAACCAUCGAUACCGUUGAGCCAAAAGAAGAAACAGCAACACCAGCCGUGGCAGCGACAGAAGAACCAGAAAGCGCGAAAGUCGAAUCAAAUCCGGUAAAAACACCAGCACCGAAAUGCCCUUACGUGGAGCCAAAAUGGUCACAGGCACCCGACUCCAGUUUGACAUACGGUUUUGAAGUGCUAAAAAGCGGUCAAAUCGUUGAAGAGAUCAAACAUUUACAAACAAAAGCAUUUUGGACCAUCGGAAAACUACCGAAUAAUGGUAUUGUUAUGGCUCAUCCGACGAUUUCAAGAUAUCAUGCGGUGUUGCAGUACCGACCCGAAGUGGUUAACAAAGCCAACAAUGACAGCAAUAACAGUGACGACGACGAUGAUGGCGAUAAUUUAAACGCAAUGGAUUCAACAGUGCAAAAGCCAAAAAUCGAAAAAGGCUGGUAUUUGUACGAUUUGAACAGUACGCACGGUUCGUUUGUGAACAAAAUGAAAGUACCGCCAAAAACGUAUGUUCGUCUUCGAGUUGGUUAUAUGCUGAAAUUCGGAGCAAGCACACGCAACUAUAUUUUGCAAGGGCCUGGUUUUGAUGAAGAAGCGGAAUCAGAAUUGACAAUCACCGAAAUGAAAGAGCUAAAAUUGAAAAAAAUCCAAGAAGAACAACAAAAACGCGAGGAAGAGGAGAAAAAGAAAGAAGAGGCGGGUAUUAGCUGGGGAAUGACUGAAGAUGCCGAUGAGGAAACUGAUCUCUCACACAAUCCAUUCGCGUCAACCAAUAACGAAGAGCUGUUUUUGCAAGAUCCAAAGAAAACAUUGCGUGGAUUUUUCGAACGCGAAGGUCUCAAUUUGGAUUACAAAGUCGAUGAAGUGUCAAAUGGCACAUACACAUGCAGAGUCGAACUCCCUAUAACUGACUCAAUUGGCCGAAGCAUUACUGCCGAAUUCACACAUAAAGGCAAGAAAAAGGAAUGCGUUUUGCAGUGUGCAUUGGAAGCGUGUCGAAUUCUGGAUCGAAACGACUUACUGCGACAAGCCAAACAUGAGCCACGAAAACGUAAAGUCGAAUCGUCCGAUGACGACGAUGAUGAAUUCUACGACCGAACCACAGAGGCUGAAGAGAAACGCCGACGAAAGGCAGGCUCUGAAGAAAGCGUUACAUUAUCAUAUGAGCAACUGUUGGAGGAAGAGAAAAAAAUGCAGACACAACUGGAAGACACAGAGAAGCGAAUCGAACGGUAUCAACAGAUGGAGAAAGCAUCAAAAGAAAAAGACGCAAUGGAUGUGGACGAUUUGGAUGAUUUCAUGUCCGGGCUAUCUAGUGAAAAACAAAUGGAUAAAGCUGAUGUUCGAAAAUGCAAAUUUGAACUGCUGCGCAUAAAGGCCGACAUUCAAAAAGUGAAGAAACUCAUCAACAUAGCGCGACCAAUAGACUUGCCACCGCUGAAAAGUGAUGUGACAAAAUCAGAUGGGUUACAGGCGAAAAAGAAAUUUGAGCUUCCACUGUUUGGCAAAAAGAAAACGUUCGGUUUCGACAGGCUGAAACAACAAGCUACGACCACGAAACAGAAAAAACCAAGUGGAAACAAAGUUGACGAAGGUGAAAAAAUAGAAGAGUUUGAUGAAGAUGAAAAUGAUACGAAACCAUCUAAGCAAACCACUAAGAGUGUGUGUGAAGGGGCAGCAAAUGAAAUUGCUAUUGCCGAAGCACCAAAGGUAGCAACGAACUGUGAUGAAGAAAUAAAAAAGUCUGCCGAUGCGACAACGACUGAGGAGUCCCCCGAGACAAAAGAGCGACAAAUAAUAGAUGAGAAAAAAUUAUCACCAUCCAAAAUUAGUAGUGACACUGACCAUCACAAGCCUACUCCGAGUCAACCACUACACUGCACUGUGGAACGGAUGGCGAAAAACGAUCCGCAACCGCCGGCUAGUAGUACCAAAAAUAGAAACAAAAAUCGGAGUCGCAAUAAAGCACGUCAACAAAUUGAUAUUGAUGACACCGAAGAAGACACAUCUCCACAGAAAUAUUCCGGCUGGGUUCCACCUUCGGAUCAAAAAGGUGACGGUAUUACUGACUUGAAUUCAAAAUACGGCUACUAAGAGUCACCUUCAUUCUAAUUAAUUAUGCAUUUGCAAAUCAGACGUGUUACUCGAUUGAUGUUUUUGUUUUUGUUGUUUUUUACAUCUAGGCCAUAAGCAGAAGAACGAAAAAAAUAAUUAUGAAAAUGUGCAGAAAAUAUAUGCCAAAUCAUGUCCAAUGUAA